AAUGGUGUCUGGCAACCGUUGGGUUUGCAACCAGUGCAAGAAUUUUCAGAUUUGUGAUAGGUGCUAUGAAGUGGAAUUAAAACGUGAAGAGAGAGAAAGACAUCCUAUUGAUCAAAGGGAGAGUCAUACCCUUUAUCCAAUUGAAAUCAAUGAUGUUCCAGUUGAUACAAAGGACAUAGAUGAUAUUCUCGAGAGUGAAUUCUUUAAUACUAGAACAUUUCAUAAUCCGACGGCUCCUGCAUUUGUGACUACCUGUAAUAUAUGCGAUCUUGACAUAGAAACUGGCCAAGGGUGGCGUUGUGAAGUUUGCCCCAAGUAUGAUGUAUGUAAUGCUUGUUAUCAAAAGGAUGGAGGCAUUGAUCAUCCCCAUAAGUUGACAAAUCAUCCAUCAAUGGCAGAUUGUGAUGCUGAGAACAAAGAAUCAAGGCAGCUUCGAGAAUUGAAGCUACGGAAAAUGCUUGAUCUACUUGUGCAUGUACCCCGAUGUCGUUCUGCACAUUGCCAGUAUCCAGAUUGCCGCAAAAUAAAGGAGCUUUUCCGCCAUGGGAUGCAAUGCAAAACACGCGCUGCUGGAGGUUGUGUUCGUUGUAGGAAAAUGUGGUAUUUGCUUCAACUCCAUGCUCAUGCUUGCAAGGAGUCGAGGUGCCGUGUGCCACGUUGCAGAGAUUUGAAAGAGCAUUCAAGGGGAUCUCAGCAACAGUCUGAUUCACGGCAUAGGACUGCUGUAGCGAGGAUGAUGAGGCAGUGAGCUGCAGAGGUUGCCAAUCAGGGAUUAGUAUCUUUUUGCAUGCUUCGCAUAUAAUAAACAAUCGAGCUGUUUGCCGGAUAGCAUCUGCAGAUCAGUUUUUUCUUGUUAUUGGUUAUUAUUCCUCUAUGAUUUACAGCAAUGAAAGGUUUCAGUGUAUACACUAGCCUGUCCAGAUGUUAUAUAAAAUAAAUAUGUAUAUGAAAUGAAGAUAUUUAUUAAAAUAUCCUUAGUUAUUAAAGAAAAUGUUGUUAAAGUUUCAA